AUUGUAUAAUACACUUAGACAAUACUUAAAAUAUGAAUUAACAACACGUGUUAUGCUUAUCAAGAAACUGCUACGCAUAAGGCACCUACCUUGCCUACCUCUAUUUUUGUUUUCUUCUCUUGGUUUUCUACUCUAUGCUUUUUGUUAUGGUAAAGAUAAACAACAGAAAAGUCAGCGUGAGAGACUGGAUUAUCUUAGAGCCAUGGCUGGUGUCCAGACUCUCGAAUUAGAGAUCCAAGUGAAUAUGACCGCCGAGAGAUUCUUCAAGACUUUCAAGAAGAAAGAAGGAAAUUUCACGGACAAGACAGAGGCAGUUUAUGUUCAUCGUGACGAUCCCACAUCCAACUCCUCUAUUCAGAUCUGGAAUUUCAUCGUUGAUGGAAAAAUGGAGCAGAUCAAAGAGAAGAUAGACGUAGAUGAAGAGAACAAGUCGGUGUCUUUCUUAGCUCUUGAAGGAGAUGUGUUAAAGCAAUAUAAGAGCUAUAAGAUAACACUUGACGUUGUUCCUAAGGAUCAUAAAGUUUGUAUUGCAAAGUGGACAUGGGAAUACGAGAAGUUAAAUGACGACGUUCCUCCCCCUACCAGAUACACUGCGUUCGUUGAAGAUUACACACGCGACCUCGAGACUAGAUUGUUGUCUGAAUCAUGAAUAUAUCAUCAAUGUCUCCGAGUUCCUUGUCAAAUAAAUCAGAUCUUGCUAUGAAAAUAAUAUUUUUAUAAAUUUUCAUAAAUGAUGACAUGAAACAAAUCGCAUAUUAACUAAUAUGAAAAUACAGUAUUAAUUUUACUCACAGAAUAGAUCUGAAGUGUCAAGGAUAUCAUAUCCUUGACACAAAGUACCUAUUUCAAUUGUUGUGUGCACUUACUUUUACAAAUGGCCAACCAUUAAAUUUUUAAAUGUUUACA